AUGUCUGAUCUCCGGCAUCCUCAAGUGAAACCUCAUUUGUGUGUCUCAACUAAACUGCCUGUGGAGAUCAAGAUCAUGGUCACUCUCAGUCUCCUAGCUGUACGAUCAUUCCAGACUCCUGCUGCUGAUGUCUGCCACAUUGCCAUCUGCUGCAAAGCUGCUACACUGGGAUCUCUGCAGGACCCCACUUCUCAGGAUGGUCCUGGUUCCUCAUCACCUUUGGACAGCAAGCACGAUCAGACCUUCAAGCGCCAGCACAUUCGCACCGGCACUGUGGUGCCGCAUGAGUACAUGAUGUCACUUUACAGGACCUUAUCCGAGUGUGAAAGGAAAGGGUUGAACAGCAGUCUGGCCCGAGCCGACCCCGUGCCAACACUGUUACCAGCUCGUGGACAAGGAAAUGACGGAGCUCCCCUUGAGAAGAAACAGAGAUACCUGUUUGAUAUUUCCAAAUUGCCAAACACGGAGGAGCUUGUGGGAGCCGAGCUGAGGAUCUUUCGAAAGUUGCCCGGAGAUCUCCAUGCGGCGCUCUCCCUGGGAGGCAGCAUGUAUCGGAUUUUACUUUAUUCCUGUCCCGAGCGGGGGGAUUCCCCACCGAAACCACUCGAUUCGAGGACAGUUGACAUAUUGGACGUCGAUUCGUCAAGAUGGCAAGUGUUCGACGUGUGGGAAUUAAUGAAAAGCCACAUCACUGCUAACCUACUGUGUUUAGAUGUGGAAAUCAUUUCCGAUUACUCCCAGAAGGCUUUAGAUCCUCGACUUUUGGGAUUCAAUCGCUCUGAUCUCCAGCCUCAGGAAAAAGCCUUGUUGGUGGCGUUCAGCAACACGAAGAAAAGGGAAAACCUCUUUCGAGAGAUCAGAGAGAAGAUCAGAUCUCUGGGUGGGUCGGAAUCACUGCAAGUUAGCCGCGAACCCAGUGUCAAGCGCCGCAGAAAAAGGAGGACUGCGUUCUCCAGCAGGUCCAGCAGAGGAAGCGGGAAGAAAGCCAGGUCGAGAUGCAGCAGGAAACCUCUUCAUGUCAAUUUCAAGGAGUUGGGCUGGGACGAUUGGAUCAUCGCGCCUUUAGAUUACGAGGCAUACCAUUGUGAAGGGAUCUGCGACUUCCCGCUCAGAUCCCACCUUGAACCCACCAACCACGCCAUUAUACAAACGCUGAUGAACUCCAUGGACCCCGAGUCCACGCCGCCCAGCUGCUGUGUCCCAUCCAGACUCAGCCCCAUCAGCAUAUUGUAUAUCGACUCCGGCAACAAUGUGGUUUAUAAACAGUACGAAGACAUGGUGGUGGAAUCGUGCGGGUGCAGGUAG